CUACCUAAAAAUUUACCCGACAGCCUAACCGCAAACCCGCAAACCCGCAAACCGUCCUAAACUUAGAGAGACACCCGCAUCUACCUAAGCAUCUUUACCCACCAACGCUUCUUCACCACGACAACCACCAUUGGACGUAUGAUUUUCUCUUUUUCAACUUUUAGACCACCAAUUAAUGAUACACGACUCUUUUUUUUUAACCGCCUUCACUCAUAAUUCUCUGCCUAAAUCUAGCAAACGGACAUACAUAUCUACCUACCUAGCUACCUAUCUACCUGGCUACGCCUCAACUCUCGACGAAUUGUAUAUAUGAUAAUGUGCAAUGACAUACAAACUUCAACAAUUACAACUAUCUAAGGGGAACUUCCUUUAAAAGAACCAUAUACUUUUGCUAUGAGUGGAGAUAGACCAACUUCUAGCUUUGGUGAUCCAAACGCUCAGCCUCCCACCCCAAAGCAAACCCCGACCACCGCUGGUUUUCCGAGCUCUGUGUUCGAAACCCCCAAGAGUAACCGAGCCUCCUUCGAGGAUUCCUCUGGGUGGACUCCUCAGUUUGCCGAGGAGUAUUCCGUCUUCAAUUCCACCCCCGGUAACCUGAAAGCUUCCCACGCUCCCUUUGCCGACUACUCUGCCCCUACGCCUUAUCAGGCUUCAAAUCAUAAGAGGCUCCUAUCCGCCGGGAGCAUUGUUGCUGAACUUUCAACCCAUGCUCCUCACUUUUCGCCGAACCCAAAUUUACCUCUACCGCCUGUUGACCCGUCUAAACGGCUGGCAUCAUCUCCGAACCCCCUAGCCUCCGGCCAUAGCCCAACUGAAGCCGGCUUCCGGUUUAGUUCUCAACAGCUGUCCAAGAAGAUCCACCGAGACGGAGCGCAAGAGACUCAGGGGCAAACGGCUACACCGCCGCCGUCUACUCACAAAGGAAGGCAGCGACUCGCCCCAAAGCUACGGACGAGCAAUAUGCAAAAUGACGGAUUCGAACAGGAGUUCGUAGCUGGCACGCCGCAACAGAUGCCCAGUUUUAUCUCAACAACUCCCACGGAUCUUUUUGGAUACCCAAUGUCAGCGCCAGCUACGGCCUCUGGCUAUGGGGAUUCGCGUAUGUUCUGGGAUACUGAUAUGGGUGGGAUGGAUAUCGACUUUUCCGUUGCUAGUGGGGAGAUGUUCCAAACCUCUAGUCACCGGCCCAUGAGCUCUAUAGAUUGGGGCAAGUCAAACGAGAUGUUCCAAGAAACGGGCGCUAUUCCAUCGCAAAGCCAAGAAAGUAACCCGCCAGCGAAGAAGGAACGGGCACUUGCGCCAAAACCUCCGCAGUCGGCUUUAGACACAAGCGUUGCCGAUACGGCAAUGUUUAGUCAGUCCUUCGCUACAUCGGCUGACGAAUCUUUUGCCAUGAUGAACCAGAAUGGCUCCGUAGAUCCCGGCCUCCUGUUUACGAGGCCGCCGUCUGCGAACAUGGAACCUGCCUCUUUCAACCCCUUAUCGCAGCCUCCCUUGAUGCAAUCUUUUUCGCAUCCAGAGCCUAUCGUAUUAGCUGCCAAGGCGCCAAAACGUGGAGCCGUUCGCCGUUCAGCUAGCAACAAGGAGAUAAACGCCGGCAAGAAGGUGAAUCGGGUGUCCGCGAGCUCACCGGUCAAGCCAUCUGAUCGCCCCGGGCUAUCGCGUAGCUCCAGCGAGAAGAUAAGCCGAAAGCCUGUCAGCAAGGCAGCUAAUUUACCUAACCUUGCACCAGCUACACGACCCAUGCCGCAGAGUGUUGGACGAUCGGCAUCCCAAGGAUCUAGAAUAAGCGGAAGUGGAAGAAUAUCACCAUUGAAGAAUCACCAACAACGACUACCAAGUUUGAGCUCCAUCCCUGAAACACCCCCAAGAACGCAAACUUCGGUCAAGUUCACAAUCGAUUCAAGGGGUCGGGCUCGCGCGGAAACAACGACAAUAGUCGUAGAAGAUGAUGAUACAACACCAACAGCAGUGCGUAGUCGGAAGGAAAAGCGUAGCAAAGGGAAAGGGAAAAGCUGGGCAUCCUCCGAAGAUGAUGAUUCCUCAACGGAUGAUGAACCUAUAAUUAUUCCUAGCCGGAACACGUCGUUCGCUCUCCCAGACCCACGAAACCCGGCGUCCCUCCCUUUCCACUCCUCUCAGCGGAGUAUUAGUGACCAGAGUACGAGUAGUCUCGGAAUAUACUAUAACGAACCUGAUCCCGUCGAUGAUCCCGAGAGCGAGGCCGAGACGGUGAUGAAUGUACCCGGCGGUAGUAAUUACGGCGACGCAACAAGCGAGCUACGUAGAGUUAUCGAGAACCGUCAGAAGAGGGCGUCGAACAUGAAUGAGAAUUUCAUACCUCGACCAGUCUCAAGAUUAACUCCUUCCCCUUUAAAAACCAGUCAACUCCGUAGCCAGUCUACUGAACGAGGCCACCGCAUUCGAUGCGUUUGCAACACAGCUAAUAACCACAUCAAUGGCAAUAGCUAUAUGGUUCAAUGUGAAUCAUGCGAGAUGUGGCUUCAUGGUAAAUGCAUCAACAUCACAAGGCAAACCCAUCCUAGCGUGUAUAUAUGUGCGUUUUGUGCAAACACGCCGAACGCCCAUGGAAUGCGAGGCCGGGAAAUACGCAGGAGCAUGGGGGGCACGAACCCCCGAGUACCUGCUACAUCUCCGCUAGCACACAAGUCAUUCAAGUCGUUCAGAUGACGAUAUGCAGUCAGUGUUCGUAACGAGGCAUGUUGCUUACGAUACGUUAAAUCUAUAAUGGGGAUAUAUGUUAAUGGCGCUCAUUGGAUAUAGACGGGAUAGAAUAGUGCUACGAGAUUCAGCUGGGGGCCUUUACGUUUACACGAUACCCUAAUCUAUAUUUCAUAGAUGAUGAGUAGCAAUAAGAAGCGCAGAUUUGUGAAGGCUAUGUGGCAAGGGUACCGAUUUGAUGUGUUUAUUGUUUAUUAUGAUCAAUCGUUUACAUAUGCAUAUGUACAAGCGAUUGCUACGGAAUGGCUUGAAGAUAGAGGAUGAUUGAGCUAUGCAAGUUCGUGGGUAAGGGAAAUAUAGCCAUAUGAAUGCCUAACAAAUGGAAGCACACAAAUCUAUAAGUUGUCGGCGGAUACUAUGAUGUACCAAUCUGAGUGGAUACCGAGUGAUGUAGAGUAUAUGUAGAUCAAGUGAAAUCUGAUAAGCCGGUCCUCGGUAUACUGAAUCGGUAAACGGGUUUAAUUAUGGCGAAGCUUCAUAGGCAAAGAGAAGAGCGCCGGGAGACAAAGAGCAAGAGCUAUGUAUCUAAUAUAGAAGGCCGAUCUCGGCAACCGCGGGGUGGGUUCGGAGACACAAGCAAUUAACGCGGGGCAGCUUCCA